AUGUCUUCCUCGAUCAAUGAUGGCGAUGUCAUUGACGUUGCCACUGCCCUAGGUCUCAUGCAACUUGAAGACGCAUCUCCAGCGAGCGCCAACCACGAUGAUUCCGAUGAUCUCAUUGAAUUUGAUCAUAGUGACACUGGUGAUGAUGCUGGCAUGUCCGAUGGCCAUUCCGCUGACAAUGCCGCCGCCUCUGGCCCUGGCCCCGCCACCUUUGAUAUCAUGCGCUUUUCACAUGACUUUAACAAUUCCGAGAACGGCAUUGUCGAGCGUAGUCAUGUCCAAGGCGGCCAUGAACCUGAUCUCAUCGAGCUCGAAGAUGACGUUGAUUUCGGUAUUGACAGCCCAGGAACCUUUCAUCAGUUCCGACGUCUCCCGUAUGUAAUCCGAAAGCGCAUCUGGGAGCAAGCUUUAUACGACGAGAACCGCAUCGUUCAAAUCGUGGUAGAUGAGACCGGAAUCGCUGUGAAGGACGCCCCGAUGAUCAAGAUGAUGUUCGUGUGCUUAGAAGCAUAUUACCUCGUGAUGGAAACCUAUCGUCGUUUCACACCGGGAGAGACGAUGAGGCUAUCUCCUCAAUCUUGCCUAGGAGACGGCUUUCUCUUGUCUCCCAAGUACGACAUCUGCAUGAUCGGAGGCCUUCCCGAGGUUUUCGGCCGAUUUGUUACCGAUGCGGUCUUGCAGUUCCGCGAGGAUAUUACUGCGGCUCCACGGUUCCUCCCGAUGUACAAAAUGCAGGCCCUCCUCACCCACGAUAAGUUCAGACGAGUGGGACUUUGGGAGAGUGAAGUUCACGUCCCUCUGCACAUUGGUAAUCUUGCUGCACAGCAACUGAUUUCCUGGUGGCUCUCUGUCGACGAGAUCUGGGUCAUUCUACACAAUGUCUUCGUCGCCGCCUCCGAAAAAUACUGGGCAGAAGGUCGCGCUGAGGAAGCAAGCUUCCUAGACUGGUACGGCCCCGAUUACGUUCGGACGCAGAUAGAAGAAGACUAUUAAGUUUCUACCUCGGGAGAACUUAAGUAUCUUCACUAUUGCUACUACAACUGCUAGUUUCAUACCUAUCUAGGUAAUGAGAUACUACUGCAAUUUGCUACCUCUACAGAGAGGAUACGGAAUCUAACCGUGGGAAUCGUUCGAGCCAUUUAAACGGCAGUCGAACAAGAUAUUUGCGCAUGCGUUCUACACCAGGCCUUCUACGAUAGUUAGUUAGGUACACAGAUAAAAUACCAAAAACAUGAUGAAAAAAAAAACGUUCCAAGGUUGUGAUUGCUCUUCUUCUCACUGUUACCGAGAGUAUAUGAUCUUUCGUGAAGC